AUGCAGAAAGUUCAGUUGUGGAAAAGUGGCUGGCAGCUUCUGAAAUCUGGCUUUGAAGGAGCGUCAAGUCGACUGAACAAGAAUGCUCCAUCCUUACGUUCCUACUGCCAGAGCUCCGGUUCUUUUGGGCUCCUCUUUGAUAUCGACGGGGUGCUGGUUCGGGGCAGGACUCCGAUCCCUGCUGCUAAAGAAUGCUUCAGGAAACUAGUGGAUCAGGAUGGGAAAUACAAAGUGCCUGUGGUGUUUGUUACGAAUGCUGGGAAUUGCAUGCGGCAGACCAAAGCUGAACACCUGUCACAACUGCUGGACACGGAGAUUUCCCCGGACCAGGUGAUGCUGUCCCACAGUCCUUUGCGCAUGUUCACGCAGUUCCAUAAGAUGUGUGUGCUGGUGUCUGGCCAGGGUCCGGUAGAAGAGGUGGCUCACAAUCUGGGGUUUGAAGACGUUGUGACCAUGGACAUGCUCAGAGAUGGAUAUCCACUCUUAGACGUUGUGGAUCACGAUAGACGGCCUAAAGAUACGAUACCACCAACAAAAGGGCUACAGAAAAUAGAUGCUGUCAUUUUAUUCGGUGAGCCGGUCAGAUGGGAGACAAACCUCCAGUUGAUAGUUGAUGUCCUCUUGACGAACGGCAGCCCUGACCACAACUGGAACACGGUGCAAUACCCUCACAUCCCUGUUCUCGCCUGCAACAUGGACCUCUUGUGGAUGGCGGAGGCAAAAAAUCCACGAUUUGGGCAUGGCAUGUUCCUGGUGUGUUUGGAGAGUUUGUAUAAAAAGAUUACAGGUUAUGACUUGAAGUAUGAAGCCCUGAUCGGUAAACCAAGUGUGGUGACUUACAACUACGCAGAGCUGCUCAUUAGACAACAGGCUGAGGGACUGGGAUGGACCAAACCUGUCAAGAGGUUAUAUGCGAUAGGUGACAAUCCAAUGGCGGACAUUUAUGGUGCCAAUCUCUACAAUCACUACCUCAAAAUAGCUCAUCAAACCGAAGUACAGAUGAAGGAUAAAGCCGGGUCUGGGGAAGCCUCUUCAUCUUCUUCUUCUUCAGGACUGGGGAGGUCUGCGUUAGAACCAGGGCAGGAGCUUCCGGAGGGCUGCAGAUCCGUCUUGGUUUGUACUGGAGUGUACAGCAGAGACCAGGAGGAGCUGCCCUCAGACGCCUCUGAAGUCACCGAGCAGAGAAUCUUUCACGGUCACAGGGACUUCCGCUUUGAUCCCAGCCUCACGCAACCAUCGUUUGUGGUGGAGGAUGUGAAAGAGGCGGUGGAGCUCGUGUUUGAGCAGGAAGGCCGCUCCCUGUAG